AUGAGCUCUCAACCUGGUGUCAGAUUUCAUGAUCCUCCGGUCACUCAGUACACCUCAAUGGAUGUUGAUCAAUCAUCUGAGUCCCGGAUGUCCCUAGAUGCAUUGGAUGAUAUCUACCUGGGGCUGGAUGAGGACUUGGACUCUGAUGCUGGGUCAACAACUGGUCCGGAUGGCUUGGGUGAAAUUCCCACUCAAUCAUAUCUGCCGCAGGCUGAUGAUCUCCCUCUCUUCAACGACCCGGACUUGUAUCUCGGGCCCGAGGAUGACAUUCCCGAUCAAUCACGUCCGGCUGAGGCUGAUGAUAUUCCUUUAUUCAAUGACCCGGACUUGUAUCUCGGGCCCGAGGAUGAUUUGAUUGAGUUUGAUGAUCCUCCGGCUGUUCUGGAUUCACCACUGACUGUGAAUGAAUUAACUCCGGACCCUCAAUCGGCCACUCCAGCUGCUCCAGCGCCCCUCUUGAGUUCAAGUUCAACGACUCCCAAACGUCAAUCGCCCGAGCCACCACUCACCAAUGAAGAGCUCCGUGCUAUGCUUCAUGAGUUUAAGCCAAUUGGCUGCUAUGAUGAUUCCGAAAUUCAAUCAAUUGGAGAUUGCAUGCAUGAAUACAAACACCAUCAUGGACCUCUUCCUCGCCCUACUGUAGCACAGCUCCUUGAGGCUGACAGACCUUUUCGUAUGGCUUGGGCAGAAAUAUGCGACAAACUCCGCAAAGCAGAUGCGGACCUCCGGAGGAUGCAAAGGGUAAGACAGGCAACUGCUGAAAUGCUGCAGGUGUUGGAUACCCUCAUUGCCUCUUGUGAGGAUCCCAGUCAUAUGUAA